UCUCACACGCACACACAUACACACACAUUCUGCUACUGGACGUCUCUUCUUUAAAUCAAGUUUUUUGUUGUUGUUAAACUUGCAGCCAUGCCAGUCAAGGUGUUUUACUCCAGUGUAAGCGGCUCCAAUUCGUUAAGGAAUGACCAGCUAAGAAUCUUCAUGGUCCUCGAGUCCAAGAAGAUCCCCUUUGAGAGGGUGGACAUCGCCCAGAAUCCUGCAGAUAAAGAUUUAAUGAGGAAGAUAGCAGGGAACCCGAGCGCUUUGCCCCCACAAAUAUGCAACGGGGACACAUACUGCGGGGACAUGGAGGCGUUCAAUAAUGCAAUUGAGAUGGAACAACUGGAGGCUUUUCUCAAACUCUGAGACGAGACGUGACCGAGCCACAGGAAAUCCUCCACCACUUUCUCUUGCCCAAAAAUAUGUGUUGAAUUAUGUACUGAUAUUUCGUUUUUGUCAGAUACUUUUUUUUAAAAACACAAAUCAAUAAACAACAAUUAAGAAGGA